AUGGCACAGGAAUACAAGCUGAAAGGCCUCUCUUCAUUCGCUGAUAUCAAUGCCGAAGAUAAAAUCGAGUGUGAAGUCGAAGGUCUGCAAGACGGAAAGGUUCUCCUUGUCAAAACAGAUGGCAAAGUCCACGCUAUUAGCCCGAAAUGUACUCAUUACGGAGCGCCGCUGAAGCUUGGUGUUGUUGCACCAGAGGGAAGAAUCACUUGUCCCUGGCAUGGAGCAUGCUUUAAUGUGACCACUGGAGACGUCGAGGAUGCGCCCGCUCUUAAUGCGCUAAAAACAUUCGAGGUUUUUGAGAAAGAGGGUGCGGUAUAUAUCCGCGGUGUAGAGGCAGAUAUUAAGGCCGGACAUCGAAACCCAUCCAUCCAAUGCAGCGGAUCUAAGGCCGAAGAAAAAGUUGUCGUUGUCGGAGGUGGAAGUGGCGCAAUCGGAGUCGUCCAAACGCUCCGUGAACUAAAAUACGCAGGCCAAAUUACGAUCAUAUCUCAAGAGCCUGAUCUCGCAAUUGACCGCACAAAGCUGUCCAAGGCUUUAAUCGCAGAUGCGUCCAAGAUUCUCUUGCGUCCGAAAGAAUGGUACGCCGAAGCAGAUAUUGAAACGCUUGUUGAUGAAGUAACCAGCGUGGAUUUCAAGUCCAAAACUGUGGCUACAGCUUCUGGAAAAUCAAUCCCAUACACAAAGCUUGUUCUAGCCACGGGUGGCCAACCGCGCAGACUUCCACUCCCAGGAUUCAAAUCUGACGAGCUGAAGAAAAUAUUCACUCUGCGUACUGUGGAGGACGUCCAAUCAAUCCUAGGUGCCAUUGGUGAAGAAAAGCAAAAGAAUAUCGUCGUCAUUGGCAGCUCAUUUAUCGGCAUGGAGGUCGGUAAUGCCCUAGCCAAGGAUCACAAGGUCACGAUAGUAGGCAUGGAGAGCACGCCUAUGGAGCGUGUCAUGGGCGCUGAAGUAGGCCGGAUCUUCCAAGGCAAUCUGGAGAAGAGCGGCGUCUCUUUCAAGCUUUCCGCCGGCGUGGACAAGGCCACUCCAUCCGAAUCGAACGCUGCAAAUGUCGGCGCAGUCCACCUAAAAGACGGCACCGUCCUACCAGCUGACGUGGUCAUUCUCGGCGUCGGAGUCCGUCCUGCGACAGACUACCUCAGCUCGAACGCGUCCAUCUCACUCGAAAAAGAUGGCUCAAUCCGUACAAACGAGCACUUCGCUGUUCCUGACUCCGCCGAUUCAGUAUUCGCAAUCGGUGAUAUCGCAACCUAUCCAUACCACGGACCCGGCGGCAACGGCUCCAACGUCCGCAUCGAACACUGGAACGUAGCGCAAAACGCCGGACGAACCGUUGCACGAGCUAUUAUACAUACGCGCCACUCGUCUCCAGGCUCGCUACGACCCAAGCCAUUUAUUCCCAUCUUCUGGUCCGCGCUAGGUGCACAGUUGCGGUACUGCGGAAAUACAGUCAAUGGGUAUGAUGAUCUGUUUAUCCAGGGCGAGCCAGAGAAUGGCAAGUUUGCCGCGUAUUACUGUAAGGGGGAUGUUGUCGUUGCUGUCGCGACUAUGGGUAUGGAUCCUAUCGUGGUUAAGGCUGCUGAGUUGAUGCGACGGGGUAAUAUGCCUGGUAAGAAGGAGAUAAAGGGCGGCUUGGACGUGUUGAGCGCAGGAGUGCCAAAGGUCUGA